ACGUGUACAAGAGUUUGUUUUCGUAUUCUGUUCGUAGUUCACGUAACCCGGUUAGGCGUCUCCCGUUCGAAACAGAUAUGGUUCGAAAUAUGUAGAUUUAUACAUAUCUAUGGCCGUAUCUGUUUCGAAUUGUCCAUGUUAUUUGGACAGCCCGAUGAUGCGUAGAUGGGGUUAGUUUCCAUGGUCCGCUCCCAUCCGAGACAGAAUCUGGGCAACAUCUCUCCAUUGUUCUCCGGAUACACAAUCUCCCUUCCGGGACGUGUAUCUCGAGAACAGCGGGGAGGUGCUGCCGAAAUUCUAUCUCGGAUUGGAGGGGAUCAUGUAAACUGACCUCAUCUACGUAUGGUCGGGUGGGAUUAGGACCUAUCUUUACCUACUAGAGUCUAAGCCGAACUUUUACAUGCAUUUAAAUUUGAUAGUAGUCGCUGAUAUCUUGGAAGAUGGAUGACCGUGAGUGGAUGUACACCGGCCGAGUAACUCGAGCUAGCAUGACCAAUGAAUGGAUUGAGAAGACUAACGAGUUCUUGGAAGGGGCAUGGGCGCAAGCUGAAGGGUCGAGAUUCAUGUGGUGUCCCUGCAAGAGUUGUGGAAACCAGAAACGAAAGACAAAGAAGGUCAUGGGCGAACAUCUUGUCAAUUAUGGAUUUACGCCAGAUUAUACCCGGUGGAUCUUUCACGGUGAAGCCCAUCGUAUGAGGGACAAGGUCGUGAGGCAACGCAUCGAUGAAUGUGAUGCUGCUGGUGGGAUUGAGGACAUGUUAGACGACUAUGAGGAGGCACAUUUCGGUGAAGGACCGCAGGAGGAGGAGCCAGAGGCAAGCACAAAGGCGUUUUACGAGAUGUUGGAGGCGGCACAGAAACCUCUUCACGGCCAAACAAAGGUUUCUCAGCUGGACGGCAUUGGACGCCUUAUGGCCUUAAAGUCCCAGUUUGGCCUGAGCCGAGACGCCUUUGAUAGUAUGUUGACCGUUUUUGGGAGCAUGCUUCUGGAAGAUCACAUUCUGCCCAAGACAAUGUAUCAGGCGACGAAAAUCCUUAGUGCACUGAAGAUGCCAUAUGAGCAGAUACAUUCUUGUCCUAAUGGGUGCAUUUUAUUUAGGAAAGAGCACGAGGCUGAAACUUACUGUCCAAAAUGCAAAGCCUCAAGAUUCCUGGAGGUGGAUGCUGGCGACGGUCAGCCUAAGAGGCAGCUCACGAUUCCUGUGAAAAUCGUACGUUACCUUCCGUUCAUUCAAAGGAUCCAAAGACUCUAUAUGACCGAGGAAACCGCGAAACAGAUGACAUGGCACAAAAAAGAAUCAGUCGUGGAACGCAUCGAACGACCCUCCUCCGGACCAGAACUCGCCGGCGGCCCAGUGGCCAUCUUGGUCCCAGAGACCUGA